UUGUCUUUAUCUGUGGCGGCCAUUUUGUAUUGAGCCGUCAACAAAGUGUGUUUGUUAUAUCGAGUUGAGCCCCAAAGCAUGUUUUAGAGCCCGAUACGAGCGCAAAGGACAGAAUAGAGUGACCCCCACCAUGGAUAUUCCACGCACCCAUGAAGAUAUCGAAGCCCAGAUCAGGGACAUUCAGAGCAAGAAGAAGGAGGCCCCACCGGAGGGCGGCGAGAAAGGCGUCAGCUUGGGCGAGAGCGGCUUUUUCGACAGCGAAAUCUACGAUGGCAAGGACAAAAAGUACGAGGGGUACGUCACCUCCAUUGCGGCCAACGAUGAGGUGGACGACGAGGAGGAGGAAGUGGGCUAUUCGCAGAAGCGCACAGGCCUGGGGGCCCCCGUGGCCCUGCUGAACGACAUUGCGCAGAGCGAAAAGGACUAUGAUCCGUUUGCGGAUAGGCGCCGGCCCACGAUCGCCGACCGCGAGGACGAGUACCGGCAGAAGCGACGUCGCAUGAUAAUCAGUCCGGAGCGCGCCGACCCUUUCGCUGAUGGCGGGAAAACGCCCGAAGUGAAUGCGCGCGGAUACACCCAGAUCAUGAAGGAGACGUUGCUCAAAGGCGAGGAAAACGAGGUGCGCCGAAAAAUAAUCGAGCGCGCCAAGGACGGGACGCUGAAGCCGCAGAACGGGGACGCAAAGCCGGCCCCUAAAAAGCGCGGCCGCUGGGACCAGACGGUCGAGGAAACCUUCAUCCCUGCCAAGAAGAAGACGCUGUCCGUGUCCACCCCCAGCACUGCAGCCACCCCAGUUUGGGAAGGCGACAAAACCCCAGCGGACAUCCGCUGGGAUGAGACGCCCGGACAUAAGGGCAGCGAGACGCCAGGGGCGACGCCGGGGCAGUCCACGCGCAUGUGGGACGCCACACCAGGCGCCGCCACUCCGGGCCGAGAGACGCCCGGCCACGAUAAAGCCUCCUCCAGGCGCAACCGAUGGGACGAGACGCCCAAGACUGAGCGCGAGACCCCUGGGCAUUCAAGCGGGUGGGCGGAGACGCCCAGAACCGACCGCACUGGGGCGGAUCUCAUCCAGGAAACCCCCACUCCAGGGGCCUCCAAGCGGCGCUCCAGAUGGGACGAGACGCCAUCGGCGGCCACGCCCAGCGUCAGUAUGACGCCAGGCGCGAUGACGCCGCAAACCCCCCACGGCACCCCAGGGCAUGCCACGCCCAUGCUGACGCCCGGCGGCUCCACCCCCGUUGGCACCAAGGCCAUGGCCAUGGCCACGCCCACUCCUGGUCAUUUGGCGUCGAUGACGCCCGAACAGCUGCAGGCGUUUAGGUGGGAGCGGGAGAUCGACGAGCGCAACCGCCCCUAUUCGGACGACGAACUGGACGCCAUGUUCCCGCCCGGCUACAAAGUGUUGCCGCCCCCUGCCGGCUACAUCCCGAUCAGAACGCCGGCGCGCAAGCUCACAGCCACGCCCACGCCGCUAGUCGGCCAAACCCCCGUGGGCUUUUUCAUGCAGAACGAGGACAAGUCGGCCAAGUACAUGGACAAUCAGCCCAAGGGCCAGAAUCUGCCCUUCAUGAAGCCGGAGGAUGCGCAGUAUUUCGACAAACUGCUGGUCGAUGUGGACGAGGAGGCGCUCAGCCCCGAGGAGCAGAAGGAGCGCAAGAUCAUGAAGCUGCUGCUCAAGAUCAAGAACGGCACGCCCCCGAUGCGCAAGGCGGCCUUGCGCCAGAUCACCGACAAGGCGCGCGAGUUCGGGGCGGGGCCACUGUUCAAUCAGAUCCUGCCGCUGCUGAUGAGUCCCACGUUGGAGGACCAGGAGCGCCAUCUGCUGGUCAAGGUGAUCGACCGCAUCCUGUACAAGCUGGACGAUCUGGUGCGUCCCUACGUGCACAAGAUCCUGGUGGUGAUCGAGCCGCUGCUGAUCGACGAAGACUACUACGCGCGCGUGGAGGGCCGGGAGAUCAUCUCCAACUUGGCGAAGGCCGCCGGCCUCGCCACCAUGAUCUCCACCAUGCGGCCCGACAUCGACAACAUCGAUGAGUACGUGCGCAACACGACGGCGCGAGCCUUUGCAGUGGUCGCGUCGGCCUUGGGCAUCCCCUCCCUGCUGCCCUUCCUCAAGGCCGUCUGUCGCUCGAAGAAGUCGUGGCAGGCGCGCCACACCGGCAUCAAGAUCGUGCAGCAAAUCGCCAUCCUGAUGGGCUGCGCCAUCCUGCCCCAUCUCAAGUCGUUGGUGGAGAUCAUCGAGCACGGGCUGGUCGACGAGCAGCAAAAGGUGCGCACCAUCACCGCCCUCGGCAUUGCGGCCUUGGCGGAGGCGGCCACGCCCUACGGCAUUGAGAGCUUCGACUCGGUGCUGAAGCCUUUGUGGAAAGGCAUACGGACGCAUCGCGGCAAAGGCCUGGCGGCCUUCCUGAAGGCCAUCGGCUACCUGAUUCCGCUGAUGGACGCCGAGUACGCGAACUACUACACCAGGGAGGUGAUGCUGAUCCUCAUCCGGGAGUUCCAGUCCCCGGACGAGGAGAUGAAGAAGAUCGUCCUCAAGGUGGUGAAACAGUGCUGUUCGACCGACGGCGUCGAGCCGCAGUACAUCAAGGAGGAGAUCCUGCCGCAGUUCUUCAAGCACUUCUGGAACCACCGCAUGGCGCUGGACAGGCGCAAUUACAGGCAACUGGUGGACACGACAGUGGAGAUUGCCAAUAAAGUGGGCGCCUCCGAAAUCAUCAACCGCAUAGUGGACGAUCUGAAGGACGAGAACGAAGCCUACCGGAAAAUGGUGAUGGAGAGCAUCGAGAAAAUCAUGGGCAACUUGGGGGCGGCCGACAUCGACUCCCGCCUGGAGGAGCAACUGAUCGACGGCAUUCUCUACGCGUUCCAGGAGCAAACCACUGAGGAUGUGGUGAUGCUGAACGGAUUCGGGACCAUAGUGAACCAGCUGGGCAAGCGCGUCAAGCCGUAUUUGCCGCAGAUUUGCGGCACCAUCCUGUGGCGACUCAACAACAAGUCGGCCAAGGUGCGCCAGCAGGCGGCCGACCUGAUUUCGCGCAUCGCCGUCGUGAUGAAAACCUGCCAGGAGGAGAAACUGAUGGGCCAUUUGGGCGUGGUCCUGUACGAGUACCUCGGCGAGGAGUACCCGGAGGUGCUCGGCUCCAUUCUAGGCGCCCUCAAGGCCAUCGUGAACGUGAUUGGCAUGACGAAGAUGACGCCGCCGAUUAAGGACCUGCUGCCGCGGCUGACACCCAUUCUGAAGAACCGGCACGAAAAGGUGCAGGAGAACUGCAUCGAUUUGGUGGGGCGCAUUGCGGACCGCGGCCCCGAGUAUGUGUCAGCGCGCGAAUGGAUGCGCAUCUGCUUCGAGCUGCUCGAGCUGCUGAAGGCCCACAAGAAGGCCAUCCGGAGAGCGACGGUGAACACGUUCGGCUACAUAGCCAAGGCCAUCGGGCCCCACGACGUGCUGGCAACGCUGCUCAACAACCUCAAAGUGCAGGAGCGCCAGAACCGCGUCUGCACCACGGUGGCGAUCGCCAUCGUGGCCGAAACCUGCUCCCCGUUCACGGUGUUGCCGGCGCUGAUGAACGAGUACCGGGUGCCCGAGCUCAACGUCCAAAACGGCGUGCUCAAGUCGCUCAGCUUCCUCUUCGAGUACAUCGGAGAAAUGGGCAAGGACUACAUCUACGCAGUGGCGCCGCUGUUGGAGGACGCGCUGAUGGACCGCGACUUGGUGCACAGGCAAACGGCCUGCGCAGCCAUCAAGCACAUGGCGCUGGGCGUGUACGGGUUCGGGUGCGAGGACGCGCUGGUCCAUCUGCUCAACUACGUCUGGCCCAACAUCUUCGAAACGUCGCCCCAUCUGGUGCAGGCCUUCAUGGACGCCAUCGAGGGCAUGCGGGUCGCCUUGGGCCCCAUCAAGGUGCUCCAGUACUCGCUGCAGGGGCUGUUCCAUCCGGCGCGCAAAGUGCGCGACGUCUACUGGAAGAUCUACAACUCGCUCUACAUUGGGGGACAGGACGCGUUGGUGGCCGGAUAUCCGCGCAUCGCCAACGACCCCAAGAACCAGUACAUCAGGUACGAGCUCGACUACAUUCUGUAAACUUCGGACGCCGUUUGCUUUUACUAUUAUUAUCCACUCUGUUCACUGUCUAUAGUUCUAAAUAAUAGCCUUUAUGUGUG